AUGAAGUUCCACUGUGAGUCAAUUCAUAUCUAUCUAUCUAUCUAUCUAUCUAUCUAUCUAUCUAUCUAUCUAUCUAUCUAUCUCAGUCUCUUAUCUAUGUAUCUAGCUAGCUAUCUUAGUCUCUUUAUUAUCUAUCUAUCUAUCUAUCUAUCUAUCUAUCUAUCUAUCUAUCUAUCUAUCUCAGUCUCUUUAUUAUCUAUGUGUGUAUGUAUAUAUGUACAUAUGUAUCUAUCUAUCUCAGUUUCAUUAUUAUGUGUGUAUCUAUCUAUCUAUCUAUCUAUCUAUCUAUCUAUCUAUCUAUUUAUCUAUCUAUAUCAGUCUCUUAUCUAUCUAUCUAUCUAUCUAUCUAUCUAUCUAUCUAUCUAUUUCAGUCUCUUUAUCAUGUAUGUAUGUAUGUAUGUAUGUAUGUAUGUAUCUAUCUAUCUAUCUAUCUCAGUCUCUUUAUUAUCUAUGUGUGUAUGUAUAUAUGUACAUAUGUAUCUAUCUAUCUCAGUUUCAUUAUUAUGUGUGUAUCUAUCUAUCUAUCUAUCUAUCUAUCUAUCUAUCUAUCUAUCUAUCUCAGUCUCUUAUCUAUCUAUCUAUCUAUCUAUCUAUCUAUCUAUCUAUCUAUCUAUCUAUCUAUCUAUCUAUCUAUUUCAGUCUCUUUAUCAUGUAUGUAUGUAUGUAUGUAUGUAUGUAUCUAUCUAUCUAUCUAUCUAUCUAUCUAUCUCAGUUUCUUUAUCAUCUAUGUAUGUAUGUAUGUAUGGAUGUAUGCAUCUAUCUAUCUAUCUAUCUAUCUAUCUAUCUAUCUAUCUAGCUAGCUAG